UUGUACAGUAUAGUGAGCAUUACUCUCUUUUUUGUUUGUAAAUUUAAUUCAUAAUUAUAAUUUUUUAAGAUUUGUCAAUUUAAUUGACUUACGUUACAUUUGAAUAACGUUUACGGCUUUUGUUUUUAUUACGAUAUUCCUUAUCGACAACAUGGAUGCUAACAACGAAGAACAUAUCAGACAGUUAUUUGUUGGUGGUUUAAGUAAUCAGACAACAAAUCAAUCACUUAAAGACUUUUUUGCACAAUGGGGUCAAGUUGAAAAAGCUGUUGUCAAGAGAUACCCUGAAUCCAAUCGAUCUCGGGGAUUUGGAUUUAUUACUUAUUCUAAAUCGUGUAUGGUUGAUAAGGCCUUAUCAAAUAGGCCUCAUAUAUUAGAUGACCAUGAUGUGGAAACCAAACGCUAUGUACUUCGUGAAGAACAUAAUCAAUCAAAUAUCGCCACUCAAAGAAAAGCAAUUUAUAUUACUGGUAUAAAUGGUCAAUCAGAAAAUGAUCUUUUAAAACAUUUUGAGCAGUUUGGCCCUAUUAAAUAUAUAAAAAUAUUAAUAACAGAAUCAGAUAAAAAGAGUAGAUAUGGAUUUGUUAAUUUUUAUGACUCAGACUCAGCUUACAAAGCUAUUAUGAACAGAACACACCUAGUUGCUGGAAAAAUAUUGAAAGUUAAUAAAGCUUUUGAUCGUAAAAAUGUUGCUGGUGGCUAUCAAGGCGGUAGUGAUAGAAAUAAGCGAGGAGAAAUUCCUCAUAACGAAACAAUGGGAAGAUACUAUAAUAAAUCAACUGGUUUUAAAAUUCAUGGCAAUGGUGAAUAUGGAAGUAAUAUAAAUGCCUUGAAAUACUAUGGAAAUCCAUGGAAUAACAAUUAUCCAGAAUAUUUCAACCAAGGAGGUGGAAGUUAUGGUUGGAACAUUCCUAAAAUGGAACAGCCUAGAACCAACAAAUGGGGUCCGAAUCAAUUUUAUGGCUGUCCCCCAAUUAAUCCAUGUUAUACUUCAAACAAUUGCGCUACAACUUCUGGACACUCAGGCUAUCGUUCCAUGAACAUUACUGGUCAACAAUUUAUUGGCACAAAUCAACAAAAGAAAAAAUAA